AUGGCCUGGUCAACCAACGUGGGCAAUGAGCACGGGCAAGUCCUCAUGUCCGUGCUCACUGCUCAUGAGGGUGACGGGCUGUUGCCCAUGGCAACGGGGCUGAUGCGGCGCUACCGUGAAGCCGGUGUCCCUCCGCCCAAGCUCCUGUACGUGGACAGAGACUGCUGCUCGUCGGUGGGGAAGUCCAGAGCGGCCGCCAUGUUCUGCGAAUGGGAGGAGCUGGUCGUCAGGCUGGACGUGUGGCACCUGAUGCGAAGAUUCGCGGUGGGCGUCACCACGGACAGCCACCAGCUCUACGGCCUCUUCAUGGAGACCGAGCGGCUCAUCGCUGAACUGCUAGAGGCCUUCAGGGAUGUGAAGGACACUAUGGGCAUCCCCCUGCUGGACAGCCAGAGGAUGGACGUCAUAUGGGACACCCAGAGGCGCCACCUUGGUUGCAUCCAAGACCCUCCUGGAUUCCGGCUUUACACAGAGACGGGGCAGCUGACCAAGGGAGGGAUCGUCCUCCCCACCUACCGCUGCGCGCGCGGCUCCAGGUCGUUGGACUCCUUCCACCUCCACCUCAACCGCUUCAUCCCUGGCACAGCCAACGCUGAAAAUUUCCAGGCCUACCUGCUGGAAGGGUUGGUGCAGUGGAACGAGGACCGAGCGGCGGCGGCGGACCAGCCGGAGCAGGUGCUGCGCUGUUACAGUGGGCAGCUGCAGCACAGCCUCAACCACCUCAGCCAGGAGCUGCUGGGCCUCAAGCUGGUUGAGGACUACACAAAGCCGGGGGAGUACACAGGAGAGCUCAUCGGGGUGGAGUACCUGUACUCCCAGCAGUGCUUGGAGCUGAGGGAGGACGACGGCCAUGACCCUGACGCCCCAGAUGGCACCCCCGAUGUCCUGGAGAACUUGGAGGACGAGGACUUUGAAGAGGCAGGCCCGGAAGAGGAACAUGACCCCACCAUUUCCUCUCUGCACUUCACUGACGGCUCCCUCCCUCUGCACUCCUCACCCGCUGUUGUGGCAGAGGUCCCCUCGGCUCACGCAGAGCUGCCCGUGGACCCAGGCCCCAGCACUGUGCCUCUCCCCAAGCCCAGCCUGACAACAGCCACUCCUGUACCUGAGUCCAGGCAAAAGGAGCCAGAGCCUGCUGGACCCCCUUCUGACCUGAGGCCGUUCGCCUUAUCCUCCCCUCCAGACCUGUCUGGUCAGGCUGCCGCUACUGCUACUCCGCAACCCCAGCCUGCUCCUCUGCCCCCUGCACCAGCCAUACCUGCCCCGCUGCCACCACCGGCUCCCUCGCAGGCAGAGUCCCCCGGCAACCUGCCCGGGUUAAAGACUUUGAGCCGGACCACCGAGUGGAGGCGGAGGAAGGCAGCUGAAGCCUUGGCCAUUUCGCAGGGUCUCCCCAUCCCACCACGUGUCAGCCAUCCACACUACACGUGCACACAGUGUGGGCAGCCGCGGAGGCAGCAGUAUGGACACAGAAGAUUUAAAAAUACAUUUUUCUGUGAAAAGGCGGAAGGGAUGUCCUUUGAGGACUGGAAGGCACAGUACGAGGAGCCACGUUAAAUUAUAUAAUAGAUUAAUUAUUAUAUUUCGUUAUUAUAUAUUUAUAUAUAUAUAUAUAUAAUAUAUUUAUUAUUCAUCCAGGUCUUUACUUGUACUGAUCGCUUGCUCCAUGUUGAUCGCGGUUCCCGAAGAGAACUCUAUCGCCAAUCUAUGGCUCAUCCUGCUAGUCCCGGAUG